GACCGGAAGUUGCCGCAUGUCUGAUAUUUUCCACAUUUAGCUACGUUUGUUACAGGAGAACAGUUACCUUAAAAGAAAAGGCAAUUGCAGAGAAAAUCUUCUUCUCACGUGUAGUAUUGGAGCGGAAGAAAGAGAAGACGAUGAAGUUUUCACAUGAUCGACCAAUUAAGAAUACAUGAAUGGUUAAUAAUCUGCAUGACUAAACUACCUUUGGUUAAUGAUCACAACUCCUUUAUGAGCUAACGUUAAGAUGAUUCAGGUGAAUUUAAUGAUGUUUAGAUAUGUUUGGUGUUUCUUGAAACGGAGCAGAGUAUUGCUAUAAUUAGUGCUCCCAACUGCCAACGAGCUGGAACCUUUAAUUUCAACGCGUUGCAGCAAUGGUGGCAGUUCCUCAAUGUCGGUGAAGACAGCUGAUGAUGAGUCAUACCAGAAGAGCGGCUCUGCAAACGAAAAGGUACCAUCUUUUCUUGUUCAGUCCCCACCAUACGCCGCUCAAAUUCCAAGACACCGACGCUCCCUACAAUUACUUUUCUUAGUACUCCGUAAUUUAUUUAGAAUAAUAAAUUAUAGAAAGCAAAGGUGAGUGUUUAAUGAAGAGAUAAAGAUGCCUGCACCAUAUGGUGAAAUUUCAGGAGCGGGAUUAAAGUGAAGUGGGCUUUGCUUCUCUGCUAAGUUAGAGAGAAAGAGAGAGAGAGAGAGAAUGGGGAAGAUGAGUUCUUGGGGGUGUUUAAUGGUGAUGGUAAUUGCACUGUCACUGCAAGAGAAUAGCGUCGACGCGGAAGAUCCAUACAGGUUCUUUACAUGGAAUGUUACGUAUGGCGAUAUCUAUCCGCUUGGAGUCAAGCAACAGGGAAUAUUGAUAAAUGGGCAGUUUCCAGGGCCGUCAAUUGAGUGUGUGACCAACGACAACUUGAUUGUCAACGUUUUCAACAGUUUGGAUGAACCCUUUCUCCUUUCUUGGAAUGGUGUGGAGCAGAGGAGGAAUUCAUGGCAGGAUGGUGUUUGGGGUACUAAUUGUCCUAUUCCACCCGGCAGCAAUUUCACUUAUGUCAUGCAGGUCAAGGAUCAAAUUGGGAGCUUCUUCUACUUCCCCUCCCUUGCCUUCCACAAGGCUGCUGGAGGCUUCGGUUCCAUCAACAUCGCCAGCCGUUCUGUCAUUCCUGUUCCUUUUCCUCCUCCUGCUGGAGAAUACACUAUACUGGCUGGUGACUGGUUCAAACAAAACCACACUGCCUUGAAAGGAACUUUGGAUGAUGGGCAUGAACUUCCCUUCCCAGAUGGGAUUCUGAUCAACGGGCGUGGAUCAAAUGGUUAUACAUUUACAGUUGAUCAAGGAAAGACUUACAGGUUUAGGAUAACGAAUGUGGGGCUCACUACUUCUUUGAACUUUAGAAUCCAAGGGCACAAGAUGGUAUUGGCUGAGAUAGAAGGCACACAUACAGAGCAGAAUACAUACGAUUCCCUCGACAUUCAUCUGGGGCAGUCUUAUUCAGUGCUAGUGACUGCUGAUCAGCCUGCAAAAGAUUAUUACAUUGUCUUCUCGACUCGCUUCACAUCCCAGGUGAUCACGUCGACUUCCAUUCUUCACUAUGGUAACUCAGCAGAAAGCGUUUCGGGACCACCUCCUGGUGGUCCAACCACUGAAAUUGACUGGUCUCUGAAUCAGGCCAGGUCCCUCAGGCGAAAUCUAACGGCUAGUGGACCACGACCCAAUCCCCAAGGCUCGUACCAUUAUGGGUUGAUCAACACCACCCGGACCAUUAGACUUGCUAAUUCUGCUCCAAUCAUUAAUGGAAAACAAAGAUAUGCAGUCAACAGUGUUUCAUUCAAUCCAGCAGAUACGCCGCUUAAGCUUGCUGAUUACUUCCAGAUUCAGGGAGUCUUUACACUCGGGAGUAUCCCCGACACCCCAACUGGCUCCGGUGCUUACCUUCAGACCUCCGUCAUGGCUGCUGAUUUCAGAGCUUUUGUUGAGCUCGUGUUCGAGAAUCCAGAAGACACAGUGCAGUCAUGGCAUAUCGACGGCCACCAUUUCUUUGUAGUUGGGAUGGAUGGAGGACAGUGGACUCCAGCAAGCAGAUUGGCAUACAACUUAAGGGACACGAUUUCUCGUUCCACUGUACAGGUAUAUCCUAAGUCUUGGACUGCCCUAUACAUUCCUUUGGACAACGUUGGAAUGUGGAACAUAAGGUCUCAGAACUGGGCACGCCAAUACUUGGGUCAACAGCUUUAUCUUCGAGUUUAUUCGCCUGCAAAUUCCUGGAGAGACGAGGCUCCAAUUCCAGGCAAUGCUCUUCUUUGUGGUAGAGCUUUAGGUCAUUAAAGUUAUUGUAGAGAUAGAUAUACUAUCUAUAGUAUCAUAUUGUCAAUGUAUGGCUGGGGGCUGGCCCCUUCAAUUUACUAGCUUCCUCCAUUAAAGUUAUUGUAGAGAUAGAUACUUCAAUUCUUAAUUAGUGUAGGAGCUGAAGUUUGCAGUCCACGUUCACACCAUUCUGUUGUAAUCCAUCUUUUCCCAGACAUGGAAAGUUUCAAUUGUUUCUAAGUUCACGGAAA